AUGCUCAGAUCGAGGCUCACGGACACUGUCGACUCUCCCAAUGUCACGGCCAUAUUGCAUAGUCCAGAGGCUCGAAAAUUGCUUGUCGCUAAGGGGAAUGGUGACAUAGAGAUCUAUUACCGCGAACACGAUAAACUAAAGCUUUACCAGACAUAUCCGGAGCUUCUACAAAGCUCUGAGACAGAGGAGUCCCGUAUCUUUGGCCUUUACGAGUCGUACGAGCUGUCAACAGUUUUCGCUAGAUGCGAUAAAUCACUUCUAUUAUUCAAUAGCACUAAUUUGCACCAAUAUGAUAGAGUUGUUGAUAGAAGAGGUAUUGAGAAUUGUUGGGUAUUUGAAGUAUGCUUACUAAGCUCCGACGAGAAGAGGACUUUCCUCAUGUAUUCAAUCAGGAAUACUCCCAAAUUGAGGAUGCUUAUAUGGAAGGGAAGGGCGUACAAGAAGAUCGUUGAAGCAACCCUAUCAAGAGACAAAGAAACCGUUCAAUCAGCGCAGGCUGGAAAAAGCGGUAUCUUGAUAGCGACUAACCUGGGCGUUUAUCACUGGUCCUAUGGUGAAUCUGUGCUUUCGAGAAUAGAAAAAAUCGUUAGACGAAGAUACCCACAAGACCCAAUGCGUUUACUAGCUGACCUAAAAUCACUAUGCGAUAAGAAAAGUGAAAAAAGUGAGGUUUUGAGUGAUGCGCAGUCGUACAAGUCAAGUAGUCAACUCACUAAGAAAUCAAGCAUUCUGAAUUUCUGGUCAAGGGAUCAUCGGAGAAGAGCUCGACUUGACACUGUACGAUUUUUGUUCAGUCCUGGUAUCGAUGAAAAUCUUCUGCUGGAUGGUAUGACAAAUAACCUUUUCACCUUGGAGAUGACGAACUCACAACUUCCUUAUAUGAUUGCAUCAAAUCACACUCAAUUUGCUGUUUGGAACAGCAAUUUCUCGCAUAUCCAGUAUCUUUCAUUAAAUCUUCUCAUGAUGAACAGUGAUAGUACGGUCAGAUUUGUUGACUACGAAAAUGGAUUCAUAUUUCUGGAGCAAGAAGUUCCUCAAGGCGUGAAAGAAGUCAAGAGUAUUGACGCUUCACAUUUUAUCGUUCUUACUGCAGGCGGACAAUUACAACUAUAUCACUUUAAAGUAGAUGACGGCUCUGAGGAUAGUUUUGAAGACGACGAGUCUAUUUGCGGUUUGCAGUACGAUUCUGAUUUUUAUCAAUUGUGGAGAAAAGUUUUGUUUUAUGGGUUUUUCCUAGCUUCUCCAGAUCGGCUAGAGUUAUGCUCUUCCGAUAAUACAGAACAAUCGCUAGAUAUUUGCGCACUCAAAUUGAGGGACCUAACAGUUAUGUGGUGCCUGGAGAUUUUCGACCGUCUUCCUAGCCAUACGAGCCUUCCGUCCAAACACAAUCGCGUUGAUGAGAAUUGCUCCAAACUAGAAUCACUAAUCGUCGAAAAGAUAACAGAUAAACUUAUAGAUUUUUGGGCUCCACCACAAUUGAUCAUUCUGAAGACUUUCCCACCAAAUAUUGCUCGGCUGGUUGGAGAAAUCACUAAUCAAGGGCAUCAUUGCAUGCUAGAAGAAAGUGAUUCUAAGAAAAGUUAUCAUUUAUCUCAAGAUCUUCUGAGGAAGUCGCUCCUUCCUUAUCUCAUUCAAAUUAGGAGGCCACUCAAAUUACUACUAAAAGAAGACAAUGUAGUGUGGGAGUAUUCCGGAAGAAAGCUUAAAGUUGGGGUGGAUUUCUUUUUAAUAGACAAGCACGACUCUGCAAAGGUUUCCACCUUAUUAGCUUUGAUCGAUACUGUGCUCUUUAUGACUUACCUGCUGUAUUUCCCCAGCAUGAUUAGCCCUUUCCUUUCGGUGGAUAGUAUGUGUGAUUACAGCACGGUGGUGAAGGAACUCCGCAAGCGUCAUAUGUUUCAAGACCUUGUUUGCUUUUACUUCCAAAGGAAAGAGCAUACAGAAGCACUUAAGUUUUUGACGGAUCUCGCAGAUGAUCUUCCCCAGGAGCCUAAUAAGCAGGAGUUGCAGAGCGGUGUCAAGCUUUUAGUUAUUGACUAUCUCAAAAAGCUCUCUGACGAAAACCUGAAUCUAAUAUUUCAGUACAGUGAUUGGCUUUUGGAAAGAUCCAGCUCGAAGAGAUCUACGCUUGAAAGCAUAUUCAUCAAUGACUCUCCAGCUUAUGCAACAAGAAAUCAUUACGAAGUCUAUCGCUAUAUCGACAGGCACGACCCCGAGCUGGCCUUGGAAUACCUUGAGUUCGCUAUUAGUACCUUUCGGUUACAAGAUAUCAAGCUACACACAACAUUGAUCAAAAGAUAUUUUGAAAAUUUGGAUGAUGCCAAAGUAAGACUCAAACUGAGAUCCAUAUUAGAGACAACCUCUGCUUACGAACCGCGGACAAUCUUGAGGCUACUGGAAGAAAAUAGCGCCACUGGUGAGAAAGCCUUAUCUGAUGAAGAAAAAAACUUUCUCGAGUAUCUCAAGAUAUUUCCACUACAAAAGUUGAAAAGUUUCAAACAAGCGGUUGAUAUCUUAUAUGAGAAACUCUCUGAUUACAACAGCACAUCCGUAUUUUGUGAAAAAGUUUACGAGAAUAACACACAAGAAGGCCAAGAAAUCCUUGAAUACCUAUUCAAAAAGAUAAUAGCAUCCACUCAAGAGCCUCAGAACCCUCAAAUUGCAAAUUUUAUCCGGGAACAUGGAUCGAAACUCAAUGUCGUUGAUGUUUGUAAGUUAUUGCCAAGUAACCUCAUGCUUUCUGACUUGAAGCAAGUACUGCUGCAAACAAUAAAACUCCACUCGAUCGAGAAAGAUAGUGCAAGGGUUAGAAGAGGUCUUCUUCAGGCGGAUCUUGUACUGAAAAACAACGAGCUGAAUAAAAGCUUGUCUAAAUACGUUGUUUUGGAUGAAGGUUAUAAAUGCCCCAUUUGCAAAAAAUCGUUUUCGAGCUUCACCACAGAUACAGCGCUGUGGUUUACCAUUGAUGGUAGAGAUGUUGUAGUGCACUAUACUUGCGGCAAGACUUUGGAGGCAAAGAUUCAAAGUAAAUCUGCCAAGGCCAAAAUAAGAGGCACCCGAACCGUAUCAGACCUCAAAGGGUACGAAUAA